ACCCGCCCACAGCGACACGUGGGACGGUGCCGCCUGUAAUUGUCCUCGCGGCGCGGCAACCCUCCCCACACAACUCCGCCUGCCGCUCCGUCCGUCGGCUGCGGUCGCUCCGUCGCCGCUAUUUUUUUUGGGGGUUCUUCUCCUGCGGGCUACCGAUGCUCGUGACCUGGAGCGACCGACUCGGCUUCGCGCUCCUCUCGUGCACCUUGCACCGGAGCGCCCUCUCGCCCGAGCCGAGUGUAUAGGCGAGACGCACUUCUCGGGCCCGCGCGCGGCGACGCGAUGAUGGAAUGCGCGUUCGGCCGUGUCGAUUGGACACCGCGACAUCGCAGAGCCAGCGGGACGCACCUCGUGUCGCUCACACAGGCCGAGUGUUCGGAGAACGUUUAACCGUUCCGCUGAGAGGGAGCGUUCGUGUGGUUUUUUUUUGAGAGACGCAACACUCGACCCGCCUGAGAGUUGACUUCGUGACGGGUCCCGAGGUUCCGCUGACCCAUCGGUGCCACACGUGUUGCGGGCGAUCGUCGUUUUUUUUAUUAUUUACUGGAACACACCUUGGACGGGUCCUGCUCCGUCCGCGUGAGGAGCGACAAACAUCGGCAGCACGGCGAGGUUCCAGAUGAGCGCCCUGCUGGCUAUGGGCAGCAGCAACCUCCAGAGCUUAUUUCACCGCCUGCGCCAUCGCAGCGUGGAGUACGCGGUCAGCAUGAAGCAAUCCGAAGAGAGCUGCUAUAAGGAGAACCCUUUGUUCAAGGCCGUUAAGCAGAACGACAUGGAGAUGCUGGAGGUGCUGCUCGCUGCCAAAGAUGUUGAUCCACUCAUCACAGGCCCUGACGGCGAGACGCUGCUGCACGUGGCGCUGCUGUUCCGCCACCGCACGCUCGCUCUGAGGCUGCUGGACGCCGUUCCGGCCAUCAUCAACAUUCCCAUGACCUGCGAGCUUUACCGCGGGGAAACGGCCAUCCACAUCGCCAUCGCCAACGAGAACGUAGUGAUGGUGAAAGAGCUGCUGCACCGCGGAGCCGACAUCACCGCGCGGGCCUGCGGUUCCUUCUUCCUGCCUGGCAAGCGCUGCCAGUGCUACUACGGCGAGUACACGCUGUCAUUCGCGGCCUGCACGGGAAACGAGAUGAUCGUCAAGCUGCUCAUGGACCACGGAGCCUCCCUCAUCACGCAGGACUCCCUCGGCAACACGGUGCUGCACGUGCUGGUGCUGCACCCCGACCGGGUGCUCGCCGUGCACAUGUACGACUUCCUCAUCUCGCUGGUGCACGAGGGCCAGCGGCGCUCGCUCGAGUCCAUCCGGAAUGCCCAAGGGUUCUCUCCGCUCAAGCUCGCAGCCGCCGAGGGAAAUCUGGCCAUGUUCAACCACCUCAUGCAGAAGAGGAAAAACAUCUACUGGAACUGUGGCCCCGUCAGAUCAGCCAUUUACGACCUCACGGACAUCGACACGUGGGGAGACAAAAACUCGAUCUUGGAAAUUAUCACCUCCAGCAAAAACAAAGAGGCCCGCAACCUGAUCGGAAUGACGCCCAUCAAAGAGCUCCUCCACCACAAGUGGAAAGUGUACGGUUUCAAGUACUUCAUCAUCUGGACCGUUCUCUACAUCUUCUACAUCCUCAUCUUCACCGUCUGCUGCAUCAUGCGUCCUCUGCAGCACGUGAACAGGCUCGACAACGCCACCAUAAUGGGUUCCAAGCAAAUAAGGGAUUCUUACGAGAGCGACUGGGACUACGUUCGUCUCAUGGGGGAGAUCAUCACGGUGCUCGGAGCCAUCACCAUCUUCAUCAUGGAGAUCCUCUACCUGAUGAAAAACGGUCCAAAAAAAUACUUUGGGAAUACGGUGACAGGAGGACCCUUCCACGCAAUCAUGAUGAGCUACGGCGUCCUAGUGCUGGUGAUUGUGGUGCUGCGGGUGCUAACCAACGACGUGGAGGUGAUCUUCAUGUCGAUUGCGCUCAUUCUGGGAUGGUGCAACAUCAUGUACUUUGCCCGCGGCUUCUCCAUGCUGGGCCCCUUCACCAUCAUGAUUCAGAAGAUGCUCUUCGGCGAUCUCCUUCGCUUCAUCAUGUUCCUCAUCAUCGUCCUGCUGGGAUUCUCCGCCGCGUUCCAUGUGGCCUUUGACUCCCUCGACUCAAACAUCUUCAUCUACUUUCGCAACUACCCGACAACGCUCUUCACGCUCAGCCAGCUCAUGAUGGGCCUCAAGGACCUGCCCAUCCCCAACAACAUGAACCUCCCCGCCAUCAUCAUCGUGCUCUACCUGGCCUACAUGAUGUUCGCCUACCUGCUGCUGCUCAACCUGCUCAUCGCCAUGAUGGGCGACACGCACUUCCGCGUCGCCAACGAGCGCGUGGAGCUGUGGAAGGCGCAGAUCGCUGCCACGACGGUGCUGCUGGAGUCUCGGGUGCCACGGUGGCUGUGGAUGCGAUCGGGGAUACCGGGCCGGGAGCUGGGUCUGGACGGGGAUCGGUGGUACAUCCGGAUUGAGGAGAGGAAGGAAAUGUCGCCGAAGAGGAAUUGCGCACGGGACGACGACGACGACGGCGGGAGAGGCGAGUCUCCGGCCAAGCGCAAGAUGUCAUCGACGACCAAGAACUGGAACAUCGUGCACAAGAACUUCGCCAACAAAUUCAGCCAGCUUCACAAAAUGCAAAACCAGCCGACUGUGGCCAAGCACAGUGGGAGCAUGGACUAGAUCGGCCGGGACGCAGGUCCCCAGCAGCCGCACCCCCCCCCUGCCCCCCCGUUGGAUGCAUUGCAGGAAAAGCAGUCCGGCAUAAGUCCUCGUUUAACGUGCGAGUGGUGAGGCGAAAAACGCGUUAAGCGCAAAACAAUUUCCCCCAUUAAUAAUACGCGGAUAAAGUUUUUUUUGCGAAAUACGAUGUACAAAUACUACUGCGACGCACACGCAGUGAGAGAAGGGAAUAGCCAAGGGUGCGCUGCCACGUUACUGUAUCACUCCGCGAACUGUAUUGCCACGGCUCAGUGGCGCAGCUCAAGAAAGUAGUUCAUCAUUAACCGCUCAGAAACCGAGUUAUAACCACGGUGGGCAUUCCCCGUUAUAAUGGGAGCAUUCCGCGCUAUAAUGAUGGUGUGCGUUCUCCAUUAUAACGACGGUGUACGUUCCCCUUUAUUAACAUGGUGUGCGUUCCCCGCUAUAACGACGGUGUACGUUCCCCGUUAUUACAAUGGUGUGCGUUCUCAGCUAUAAUGACGGUGUGUAACGACGGGCGCAUUCCCCAUUAUAACGACGGGAGCGUUCCCCGUUAUAACGACAGGCACAUUCCCCGUUAUAACAAUAGGCGUGUCCUCCAUUAUAACGAUGGGAGAGUUCCCCAUUACAACGGGACCAGUCCCCGUUAUAACGACCGGAGCGUUCCCUGUUAUAACGACGGUGUGCAUUCCCCAUUCCGCAAAGUGUUCCCGAUUCGAGGAACCACGUCAUCGCGAAACGCGUGAUAGUAUGAACACCGCCACGCAUAACGUGAGGAUUUACUGCAGUUUCCCUGGGGUACGUCUGGCUUGGCAGGGGGAUAGGCGGCAACGUUUCGCUUCAAAACUGCAUCUCGGGCGCUAAUGUAUCGCUCGUUACCUCUCGGUUGCGCUUCACUUUCCACCUGUUUGCAAUCCUGUUUUGUGUUAAUUAAUUAAGUUUUUUUACCAUUUUGCAUUAAGUUGCAUAUUCUAUAAAUGUUUAGUCCAUCAUCACACUGUAGACGAUGGAAGUCUACAGUGGUUGUUCUCUGGAUAGACCGGUCUCCAGCCACGGGAAUGUGGAAUUCCCACCAGUGGCUCAGGGCCAAAAAUGGAGACAAGUGCCACCCCAAUGCUCCUUGAAGAGUGAAACUACUUUUGACUUUGUCACAAAACUUAUCUUCGUGCCUCCAAAGGAAUUCCAAUUUACAGCCUUUUGUCAAUCCACUGCUGGAAGACCGAACUUCCCAUGCAGUGUCAGUCAUGGGGGUUUUUUGACCAUACUUCACCAUGCCGGUCAGUGCGGGUUGGUAAACUGGUGGGGGUAGGGGCGUUACAAGACCAGAUCAGUUAUCACUCGCCGUGGAGGUCAGUCGUAACCUGGAUUUCCUGGGUUCGUAGUGAAGUGAACUGCUCCCCGCUGCAUGGUUCUAAUAUUUUUAAACCAGAUCCCUAGUUAAACUUGUAAUGCUUUUAUAUGAAAAAUGCUUGCAAUUUUUUGUUGUUGACAGACACUUUAAAUAUGUGGUUGUGAUAAGCUUAUUAUUUCUAACUUUUUUUGUAAUUUAAGGUUUUAAUGAAAUAAUGCAAUAUUUAAAUGCAACAUAUUAGAAGUAAAAUCGCAAAUUAUAAAGUCAUACUUUUUCACAUAGGAAAUCUGAGAGCAACAUCAAGACAACAGAAUUAGAAUAUUUAUUAAUACUCGAGGAAUCCGAUGAGCUGUGAAGCUCUUUUUCCAGACGUCCAGCCUCACUGCUCUUGCGCUUAAGGCGCUUACUGAGCAAAACGUUUACUGUCCAUCAUGGAACUCACACAGGCAGCAGAUGAACUCGCCACUGAUGUUAGCAGGAGGCAGAAUUCGGACUCGGCUUUCUGGGGUUAUCGCACGGUGCCCUAAACCACCACGAUUGCUGCAUCCCAGCAAGGCUAAUCAAAUAAAACAACGCACGGUCCUCAAGGGAAUCGUCUCGUUAUUGCGUAUUCUGCUGCGCUGGGUUCUCACCGAUUAACAAGGGCGGCAGGGUUGUCGCAGUGGUUAACACUCAUCGCCUCAGAGCGACAAAUACCUGGGUUCGAGUCUCAACUCGGGAGCCUCUCAGCGUGGCGUUUCUGGCUCUCCCCCUGCUCUGCGUGGGUUUCUCCAGUUUCCUCCCAUAGCAAAAAAUAUAUUUAAAAAAUCCACACAAUUUGCCACCGGUAUUGGCCAAACAUUCUAAGGCUGAAAUAUUACCUGCAAAUGGCUCAAUUGUAAUUACAACAACGUCGCUGCCCUGCUGCGAAACCUUGGCAGGACCGCUGCAAAUGCAAGCGCCUUGAGACUCGGCAAGAGUUUCCUGGAAGAAACAAGCGGAGUGGUCCCUCGAGUUACGAUGCCAUUGAUUAACGAUGUUUUGAUUAUCGAUCCGCCUCCCAUUGUUUCUAUUAACGAUACUUUUUCGAUUAACGAUAUGUUUACGACGUCACGCGGUUCCUUGCAGUUUCGGCCCAUCGGAACUUCCUAAGUGGAAUAGGCAGCAGACCUCAGCCAAUCAGCGACCUGCCCUUUUAUGAGCGUUUUGAGAGCAACUGGCUGCUAGCUUUUCAAUAUUUUACGUGCGUUGCUUAUGUAAACAGCUCUCUUACAUACUUAGUGUUUUUUUUUACUGAAAACAAUUAGUUUGCAAAUUAAGCAGGAAAUUAUUGAAAAUCGCGAAAGUGCUCUCGAUUCACGAUAAUUUCAAUUAAGGAUGAUUUUCGUGGAACCAAUAUCGUUAACCGAAUGACCCCACUGUACUCAGCAAAAUACUCAAUUAAAUCAGAAAUAGCUCUGGAUCACGUGCUGUCGUGACGACUGGAAAUGCUACGACUGCCACUUUUGUUAACUCUUUGCAUGCAUGAAAAUUAAUGUUACACGUGGUUUCUACGCAAUAAACAAUAGACAUGCUGGGAAGAAACGUUUACCCAAACGAA